UGUUUAUCAUACAGUUUAUAGGUGAGUUUGUCACAAAAGAGACAGAAAUGCAUUUGCAUUCUAUGCUGUUUGACAAGGCAUAGUAGUCACUUCACUUGCUUGAGAAGCAAAACCUCUCGUCAUUCACAGUAAGAUAAAGAGUGUGAAGCCUUGAGAAGCAAAAAUCUCUCCUCUCAGUGUGUUUGUUUUGUCUUCUUGAAGUGAGUGACUCAAACCCAUCUCUCUCUCUCAAACACAUACAUACACGCAAAGGCCUAAAAGCCCAAAGAUCAUCAUCAUUCGGAACUAAUUUAGACUCUGAAAGAAAGAUGAAGAAAAGAAUGUCCUAUUCCCUAAUAGCUAUUAUGCAGAUAAUGUCCUGUAUUUCUGUAACAGGCAGGCCUCUGGAAUCAUAUGAUGCUGCUCUUCUACAAGAUUCCUACUUCAACUUUUCCCCCCACAGAAAGAAAAUGCUUCUUUGCCAAAAUCCACAUUUCACACAAGCUGCCCAUGACUCAAAACAGGGACUUGAAAAUGGGAAUGAAAAGACAUACAUGUGGCUGAGUAGGCUGGGUUCAAGACCACCAAACUGUCAGCACAAAUGUGAAGGCUGCAUACCUUGUGAUCCUAUUCAAACACCCACAACCACUGAUCAGAUUGGAGUUCAAUAUGCCAAUUAUGAGCCUGAAGGAUGGAAAUGCAAGUGUGGCACAUCUUUCUUUAAUCCUUAAAAAUGAAUGGUUUUAGUUCAAAGGCUCAUGUACAGAAAAGACUCCGACUCAUUUCUACUUUUUGUUGAGAAUGUGAUGCUGAGGAAGAGGAAUUUUGGAGGAUUAAAGCUUUUAGUUGGAGUUUGGAAUAUCUGCAAGUUUUAAUAUUUUUAAAUCUAUCUUCACUCUGUCUCUG